CCAUUGUUUAUCUUUGGUCACCAGUAUGUGUCAAACUAAUAUUUACCUACUAUACACACCUUUCUCAAACUGAUUCUACAGGGUAUUUUACUUGCAUGCAGAAUUUUACAUACCGUAGAUAAGGGGUCGUCAACCACUUAUUUUCUAAGAAAAUAUCUGUAAUUUACCUUUGGCACUUACCGUCAUACUUGUACUCCAUGAAGCCAAAGGGAUUGUUGAAGUGUGCUAAUCUAUUCCAUUCUUUUAUGUUGAGUUGACCUCUGUACAACCAUAGUUGAAUGUUGGGAAGAAAAGCUUCCUUGAACUUGAGAUCAUCUGUGUUUCGUAGCGACUUUGAACAGGUCUAUGGAAGGGUCGGAUUUAAAAAUGGAAACAUAAACGGCACUGUGAUGUCGGAACAAAACUGGACAACAACUUACUGGUAUUCUUGCAUCAGGGUCUUGUAAAUAAACAUCUUCAAAAUCCCACACAGGAAACAGAAGAGAAAAAUGAACACUGCUGUAUUUAUGGUGGUUUUUAUAUGCUUGGCCAGUGCAUUAUCAGCAGGUGCAGGAUGCCAACCUGUUGACAGCAGCUCAAUCAACGACAUCCAAACCCUGAGCCGUCGUUAUGCUGAAUCAACCAUUGCGAGUGACAUCAGUAAAAUCAUGGACUCCAUGGUUCAGAAGAACUUUGUUCAUUUUCUGCUCAAUCAGAGAGAGAAAAAGAGCGAACCAACUUUACUGGGUGAUGAUCCAGACCAUCGCAUCUUCAAUGAUCUGCUGAAAAAGGAGUUCAUGGUGUGGGUUCACAGUAAAGGGGAUGGUUUCAAAAACCAAUAAAGCUAGACAGAGGUUGCUGUGGAGAAUGGAAUCCGGCUGUUUUCAAGCUUACUGCUUUCUGAUCAUUAAUUAUUUAAUAUCUUGUAAUGUCUUUGAAUGAAUAUCUAACAAUAAAAUUGUU